UUUAUGCAGACAACAGUAAAGAGAGGAGAGGAGCGGCAACUGGGACUGAAGAAGAGAGAAGAGAGGUAAUUGGGACUGAAGAGAAGAGCAGUAAACUGAGACUUUUAAUUUAACCCGAACAAAUUGUUAUUUCCAAUGACAGCCUAGGAACAGUGAGUUAACUGCCUUGUUCAACAGAUUUGUACCUUGUCAGCUCAGGGAUUCAAUCUUGCAACCUUUCGGCUACUAGUCCAAAGCUUUAUCCCAUAGGCUACUGUUCUGCCGACUGAAGAAAAGAUUGGUAACUGGGACUGAAGAGAAGAGAGAUAACUGGGACUGAAGAGAAGAGAGAUAACUGGGACUGAAGAGAAGAGAGAUAACUGGGACUGAAGAGAAGAGAGAUAACUGGGACUGAAGAGAAGAUAACUGGGACUGAAGAGAAGAUAACUGGGACUGAAGAGAAGAUAACUGGGACUGAAGAGAAGAGAGAUAACUGGGACUGAAGAGAAGAGAGAACUGGGACUGAAGAGUAGAGCCGUAACUGGGACUGAAGAGAAGAGAGAGAACUGGGACUGAAGAGAAGAGAGGUAACUGGGACUGAAGAGAAGAGAGAUAACUGGGACUGAAGAGAAGAGAGGUAACUGGGACUGAAGAGAAGAGGGAUAACUGGGACUGAAGAGAAGAGAGAUAACUGGGACUGAAGAGAAGAGAGAUAACUGGGACUGAAGAGAAGAGAGAUAACUGGGACCGAAGGAAAGAUGGGUAACUGGGACUGAUGAGAAGAGCUUUACCUACAGCUUCAACGUCUGGGAUUAUAUUGCCUUUAUUACAUUAUUUCUCUAGAUGUAUGAUUUCUCCAUCUGUCUCCUAGAGGUCUGACAGUGUAGGAGGACCCGUUGAGGGCUUGAGAAGCAGAGUGAUGCAUACAGGAAGUCAGAUUCGCCUUCUGCUGUGGAAGAAUUGGACUCUACGCAAGAGACAGAAGACCCGCUUCCUGGUGGAGAUUCUGUGGCCGGUGGUUCUGUUCAUUGGUCUGGUGUGGUUGAGGAAAGCCAACCCUCUUUACAAACAACAUGAAUGUCACUUCCCCAACAAGGCCAUGCCUUCCACAGGUAUCAUCCCAUGGAUCCAGGGUAUCUUCUGUAACGCCAACAACCCCUGCUUCAAACACCCUACCAGGGCAGAGGGCAAUGGGGUCGUCUCCAACUACAACAACUGCCUACUGGCGCGGUUCUGGGCUGAUUCCAAUGAGCUGUUGUUCGACGACCCAGAGUUCCAGCAGUUGGGUCGGCUGUGGGAGGACAUGGCUGUCAUGAACAACUUCAUGGACACCAUAUGUAACACACCAGAACAGAUAGCCGGUCGAGGUCUGAAGAUAGAGGAUAUCCUGAAGGAUGAUGAGAUCUUGACAGCCUUCCUGCUGAGAGACGUUGGCCUGUCAGAGUCUGUGGUUCAUCAGCUGGUCAACGCUCAAGUCCGUCCAGAACAGUUUGCCCACGGUGUUCCAGACCUCCACUUGAAGGACAUCGCCUGCAGCCAGGCUCUUCUGGAGAGGUUUAUCAUCUUCCCCAGCCGGAGAGGCAUGUACGGAGUACGUAACGCUAUGUGUGCCCUGACACAGCAGCGCCUGCAGAAGAUAGAGGACAUGCUCUAUGCUAACGUUGACUUCUUCAAGAUCUUCAGACUGCUGCCCCGGGUGUUGGACAACCACACGGACGGACCAGACCUACGAUACUGGGGGCGUGUUCUAACCGCUGUAUCAGAGAAGGUCCAAGUGCUCUUUGAGAGAAACAGUACCAAGGACCUUCUGAAGAUUGUCUAUCCGUUGUUCCGGGCUGGUGGUCCCAGCUCCUUUAGCCAGCUGAUGAGUAUUGUGUCUGCCCUGUUCUGUGGGUACCCAGACGGAGAGGGAUCCAGGGUCCUCUCCUUCAACUGGUACGAAGACAACAACUACAAGGUGUUCCUGGGGGUGAAUGGAUCCAAGAACCACGACUAUGUCUACGACAUGACAACCACUCCGUUCUGUAACGACCUGAUGCAGACUCUGGAGUCUAACCCGGUCACUAAGAUCGUCUGGAGUUCAGUCAAGCCUCUCUUCAUGGGGAAGAUCCUCUACGCUCCAGACUCCCCAGCCAUCAGACUGAUACUAAAGAGUGCCAACACUACGUUUGAGGAGCUGGAGCGUCUGAUGACCAUGGGAAAGGCCUGGGAGGAGGUGGGACCUCAAAUGGAGUUCUUCAACGCUGGCAUACAGAUAAACAUGAUCAGGGACACCAUCAGAAACCCCACGGUAGCAGACCUAAUAGACAGGAGUAUGGAGGACACUGAGUUCUCCUCUAAAGACAUCCUCAACUUCCUGUACAACGGGUUGGAGGAGGACAGAGAAGAGACCAUGCCCAGCUUCGACUGGAGGAACGUCUUCAACCUCACAGACCAGGCCGUCCGCAUGUUCAACCAGUACGGAGAGUGUAUCAGUUUGGAUAAGUUCAGGCCCCAUACAGACGAGGAUCAGCUGACCCACCAGGCUCUCUUUCUAUUGGAGGAGAAUAAGUUCUGGGCAGGGCUAGUCUUCCUGGAUGUCUACCCCUGGACCACUACCGUGCCGCGUCACGUCAGGUACAAGAUACGCAUGGACAUCGACCAAGUGGAGAGAACCAACAAGAUCAAAGACAGGUAUUGGGACCCUGGUCCCAGAGCAGACCCUAUUGAGGAUCUGAGGUAUAUCUGGGGUGGCUUUGCCUAUCUACAGGACAUGGUAGAGCAUGGCAUACUGAAGAUACAGACGGGACACGACUGGCCCCUGGGAGUCUACGUACAACAGAUGCCAUACCCCUGCUAUGUAGACGACCUCUUCAUGUUGACUCUGAACCGGUGCUUCCCUAUCUUCAUGGUGCUAGCGUGGAUCUACUCUGUGUCUAUGACGGUGAAGAGCAUCGUUCUGGAGAAGGAGCUACGCCUCAAAGAGACACUCAAGGCCAUGGGAGUGACAAACGGAGUGAUAUGGUACACCUGGUUUAUAGACAGCUUCAUCAUGAUGACCGCCAGCACAGCCCUGCUCACACUGAUUAUUAUGGCUGGUAAGGUGUUGAACUACUCCAACCCGUUGGUAGUGUUCCUGUUCCUCCUGACGUUCACCAUGGCCACCAUCAUGCAGUGUUUCCUUCUCAGUGUGUUCUUCAACAAGGCCAACCUGGCUGCAGCCUGCAGUGGUAUCAUCUACUUUACCCUCUACCUGCCCCACAUCCUCUGUGUGGCCUGGCAUCCCCUCAGUCUGAGUCUGCUGUCCCCAGUAGCGUUUGGUUUUGGGACCUGUCUCGUCUGAGGAAUAUAACAGGGCCUCCAGUGGGACAACAUCUCCACUAGAGGGCAUGCCUACCUCACCUCCAUAGGCAUGAUGAUGUUUGACGCCGUGCUCUAUGGCUUCCUGGCAUGGUACCUUGACAACGUCUUCCCAGGUCAGUAUGGGAUUGGACGACCAUUCUACUUCCCAUUCCAGCCCUCCUAUUGGCAAAGGUCUGAACCCACCCUCUCCAACAUUCCAGACUCAGAUCCAGAGAAGCCCGACGUGGACAAGGACGUAGACAGUAUGUGUUCACCUAGGAGGUGUAAUGGCGUGGGGGUAAAGAAACCCUGCAAACACCAGGACAAGAGAGAGAGGAUGGAGAGAGAGAGGGAGGAGCUGCUGAAACGACAGGAAGAAGAACAGAACAAGGAAGAGCAGGAAGAGGACCUGACAGGUCAGUUGUUCUUUGAGCCGGAGCCAGCAGGGCUGACCGUGGGGGUAGAGAUUCAGGACUUGGUCAAGGUGUUUCCUGGGGGAUCCCGUCCGGCCGUGGAUCACCUCAGCAUCGCCUUCUAUGAGGGCCAGAUCACAUCGUUCCUAGGACACAACGGAGCCGGGAAAACCACCACUAUGUCUAUCCUGACUGGUCUGUUCCCUCCUACAUCUGGGACAGCCUUUAUCAACGGGAGAGACAUCAGGACUGACAUGGACAGUAUCCGCACAUCCUUGGGCAUGUGUCCCCAGUACAAUAUCCUCUUCAAACAUCUGACGGUGGAGGAACACAUCCUGUUCUACUCCCUGCUGAAGGGCACCUCUCAGGCUGAGGCUCAACAGGCGGUCAAUGUCAUGCUGGAGGACCUGGGCCUGCCUCAUAAGAGAGACGAGGAGGCACAGAACCUCUCAGGGGGUAUGCAGAGGAAGCUGUCUGUUGCCAUGGCAUUUGUUGGGGGCUCAAAGAUUGUGAUCCUGGAUGAGCCCACGUCGGGGGUCGACCCUUACUCCAGACGGUCCAUCUGGGACCUGCUACUCAAAUACCGCACAGGCCGUACAGUGAUCCUGUCCACUCACCACAUGGACGAGGCUGACCUGUUGAGUGACCGUGUGGCCAUCAUCUCUAAGGGCCAGCUCCAUUGCUGUGGCUCCCCCCUCUUCCUCAAGAACUGCUUCGGGGUGGGAUUCUACCUCACCCUGGUCCGACGCAUGAAGGACAUGAGGAAAAAAGAGAAUGAGUGUGACUGUGCCUCAGAGUGUUCCUGUACCUGUUCCACCUGCACCAAAGUGAAAGAGGAAUCCCAGGGCCAGUCCCAGCAGCUGGAGAGAGCUCUGGAUGGUGACGUGGACAACAUCACCACGCUGAUCCAUCACCACGUCCCAGAAGCCAAGCUGAUCGAGGCCAUCGGCCAGGAGCUGACCUUCCUGCUGCCCAACAAGGGUUUCAAGCACCGGGCCUACGCCUCCCUCUUCAGAGAACUAGAGGAAACACUGGGAGACAUGGGCCUCAGCAGCUUCGGCAUCUCUGACACCUCACUGGAGGAGAUCUUUCUUAAGGUGACAGCAGAUUUAGAAGAGGCAGCAGCCAAUGCCAAAACUCCAGAACAGUGGAUGUUGCUGAAGAGAACCAAAAGCUGCAGUAAAGUUGGUGUGGAGGAGGGUGAACCUGAAGAGGCUAACGGUCUGAAGCAGGCCAACGGUGGGGGUAACCAUGACGACGACAGCGCUGGGAAAGGGUCGUGUCAGGUCAAAGGAGCCAAUCUGGUCAUGCAGCAGUUUCUGGCCCUGCUGGUCAAGAGGUUUCACCAUGCUACCAGAUCAUACAAAGACUUCCUCGCACAGAUCGUCCUGCCUGCUAGCUUCGUCCUGAUAGCCCUGAUCUUCACCAUGAUCGUGCCUCCGUUCGGAGAGUACCCCCCCCUCAUCCUCACUCCCUGGAUGUAUGGAAAGCAGCUAACCUUCUUCAGUAACGAGCGACUGGAAAACCUCCAGAUGAGACAUUUCACCAAGGUGUUGCUGAACCCCCCUGGCCUUGGCACUCGCUGUAUGGCAGGAAGCCCUCUACAAAACCUGCCCUGUGAGAACGAGACAUUGGCCUGGGAGACACCUGCGGUUUCUUCAAUAGCCAAUAACAUCCUGCAGAGCCCUGAGUGGCACCAGCUAAACCCCUCCCCUUCCUGCCAGUGCAGCACCAAUAAGAAGCUGACUAUGUUACCCAUCUGUCCAAUCGGAGCUGGGGGGCUGCCCCCUAUGCAGAGGACAGAGGCUACGGGAGAUAUACUACUGGACCUGACUGAUAGAAACAUUACAGACUACCUGGUUAAAACCUACCCCAGCCUCAUCAGACAAAGUUUGAAGAGCAAAUAUUGGGUGAAUGAACAAAGGUAUGGAGGCCUGUCUGUUGGAGGUCAGCUGCCCAUACUGGAAGUCAGCCCUAAACAGAUCCAGGAUACCCUCUCUCAACUGAUGAAGAUGCUCAACGUCACUGGGGGUCCCUACACAAAACAAUCGCUGCAGGAGAUCGGACCUUUCCUCAGAUACAUGGAAAGUGAAUACAAUGUCAAAGUCUGGUACAACAACAAAGGCUGGCACGCCAUGGUGGCCUUCAUGAAUGUGGCCAACAACGCCAUUCUGAGGGCCCACCUGCCUCGUAACGUUGACCCCAUGCAGUACGGCAUCACAGCCAUCAACCACCCCCUCAACCUCACCAAGGAACAGCUGUCUGAAGUCACUGUGUUGAAGACAUCAGUAGACGCCGUGACAGCUAUCUGUGUGAUCUUUGCCAUGUCCUUCAUCCCAGCCUCGUUUGUCCUCUACCUGAUCCAGGAGAGAGUGACCAAGGCCAAGCACCUCCAGUUCGUCAGCGGGGUCAGCCCCCUUGUCUACUGGUUAGCCAACUUCUUCUGGGAUAUGAUGAACUACUCUCUCAGUACAGCCAUGGUGGUGGGGAUCUUUGUGGCCUUCGACAAGAAGUGUUACACCUCACCCACCAACCUGCCAGCCCUCGUUCUCCUGCUCUUCCUGUAUGGGUGGUCAGUAACCCCCAUGAUGUACCCCAUGUCAUACAUCUUUAACAUCCCCAGUACAGCCUACGUCUCUCUGUCCUGCAUCAACCUGUUCAUCGGCAUCAACAGCAGCGCCCUCACCUUCAUAUUGGAACUGUUCGAGAACAACCGGGCCUUGUUAGAGUUCAAUGAGUGGCUGAAGAAAGGCCUCCUGGUCUUCCCUCACUUCUGUCUGGGCCGGGGGCUGAUUGACAUGGCUAUGAACCAGGCGGUGACUGAUGUCUAUGCACACUUUGGUGAGGACCGUGCCAUGGAUCCGUUCAAAUGGGACUUUGUAGGGAAGAACCUGGUCUUCAUGGCUAUAGAGGGAUGUGUCUAUUUCCUCUUCACUAUCCUCAUAGAGUACCGCUUCUUCCUCGACCACUGGUUAUCAGACUUCCGAGGGCCCCCUCCUAAAGAUGAGGACGAGGACGUGGCGGCGGAGAGAGAGAGGAUCUAUAACGGCGGGAACAAGAGUGACAUCCUCCAGAUCAGAGACCUCUGCAAGACGUACUCUGGGAAGACGAGACAAGCGGUGGACAGGAUCUGUGUGGGCGUGCCUGCAGGAGAGUGUUUCGGUCUGUUAGGAGUGAACGGAGCCGGGAAAACGACCACCUUUAAGAUGUUGACUGGGGACACCGACGUUAGUUCUGGAGAGGCCACUGUCUCUGGAUACAGUAUCCUGUCGGACAUGUUGGACGUGCACCAGAACAUGGGCUACUGCCCUCAGUUUGACGCCAUAGACGACCUGCUGACAGGCAGGGAACAUCUUUACCUCUACGCUCGUCUCCGAGGGGUCCCCGAGUCAGACAUCAGCAGAGUGGCAGAUUGGGGCAUCCAGAAACUGGGUCUAUCAGAGUACGCUGGUCGCUGUGCAGGAACAUACAGCGGAGGCAACAAGAGGAAACUCUCCACAGCCAUCGCUAUGAUUGGCUGCCCAGCCCUGGUUCUACUGGAUGAACCCACUACAGGUAUGGACCCCCACUCCCGACGGUUCCUGUGGACUGCCAUUAUGAGUGUCAUCCAGGACGGGAGAGCCGUGGUUUUGACAUCACACAGCAUGGAGGAGUGUGAAGCUCUGUGCACUCGGUUGGCCAUCAUGGUCAACGGCACCUUCAAAUGUCUGGGGACCAUACAGCACCUCAAAUACAAGUUUGGUGAUGGCUACGUGGUGACCAUGAAGGUAAAGGCAGCUAAAGCAGGCGUAUCUCCAGAGCUGGGUCCAGCAGAGAGCUUCAUGGAGAGCAGCUUCCCAGGGUGUGUCCAGAGAGAGAAACACUACAACACUCUCCAGUAUGAGAUCGCCUCCUCCUCACUCGCUAGGAUCUUCCAGCUGGUGGUCGCCAACAAGGACAAACUCAAUAUAGAGGAUUACUCUGUAUCACAGACUACACUAGAUCAGGUGUUUGUGAACUUUGCUAAGCAGCAGGCAGGAGAGGACGAGGACGUUUUACAACCCCGAGCGGUCAACGCGCGCAAUGAAAAACAAAAUGUCCCCACGAAACGCAAGGUCUCCCCCAUCAAGAUAAAAACCAGAAGACAAAAUAAAACAUGAAAGUUAAUCUGUGAAAAUAUGACUUCUUACAGAAUGUAUUGUCAAAGUGUUUAAUGCAGAAAACCGACUAAAUGUAUUGUAAUAGCUAGACAUGCACAGGCACACUGGCAGUAUAAUGAAAACCUUUUUAAAAUUAAUGGAAAUUAUGGUUAGAUUCAUGAAUUAUGUUUGGAAUAUGUUCCUUAGGCUUUGGAAGUCAUAUUUUUGCCUGUUGAUUGUGCAUUGUGUAAAAUGGCUGCCAAAAGUCAAGACGAGGUCACGUUUGCAGGACACAGACGUCAGUUGACAGCAGAUAACUCCCAAUUUGUAAGUCGCUCUGGAUAAGAGCGUCUGCUAAAUGACUUAAAUGUAAAUGUAAAUAACUCCUCAAACACACCAGGGGUGUGAUCUCAAUAGUUUGGCUUCCUCGCUUCAUCUCCUUUUCACGUGUUCAUUGAAGAGGAAGCUGCUCCCUUUGGUUUAUGAGGAGGCUGCUCCCUUUGGUUUAUGAGGGAGCUGCUUCCUCGCCUCAUCUCCUUUUCACGUGUUCAUUGAAGAGGAAGCUGCUCCCUUUGGUUUAUGAGGAGGCUGCUCCCUUUGGUUUAUGAGGGGGCUGCUUCCUCGCCUCAUCUCCAUUGAAGAGGAAGCUGCUCCCUUUGGUUCAUGAGGGGGCUGCUUCCUCGCCUCAUCUCCAUUGAAGAGGAAGCUGCUCCCUUUGGUUCAUGAGGGGGCUGCUUCCUCGCCUCAUCUCCAUUGAAGAGGAAGCAGCUCCCUUUGGUUUAUGAGGAGGCUGCUUCCUCGCCUCAUCUCCAUUGAAGAGGAAGCAGCUCCCCUUGGUUUAUGAGGGGGCUGCUUCCUCGCCUCAUCUCCAUUGAAGAGGAAGCUGCUCCCUUUGGUUUAUGAGGGGGCUGCUUCCUCGCCUCAUCUCCAUUGAAGAGGAAGCAGCUCCCCUUGGUUUAUGAGGGGGCUGCUUCCUCGCCUCAUCUCCAUUGAAGAGGAAGCUGCUCCCUUUGGUUUAUGAGGGGGCUGCAUCCUUUGGUUUAUGAGGGGGCUGCUUCCUCGCCUCAUCUCCUUUUCACGUGUUCAUUGAAGAGGAAGCAGCUCCCCUUGGUUUAUGAGGGGGCUGCUUCCUCGACAACUAAACACACCUACACAGAGAAUAGGUCCGUCCCUGUUUUGUUUUGUUAUUACGCAGUAUCAAUACGAGACCACAAGAUGGCGCUGCAUUUACACUGACAUUUAUAUACCAAAACUAAUACAAAUGCUUAGAUAAUUUAUAUAGCCUUUCAAAUAAUGUGUAGAAAAAAAAUCUUGCUUGGCUUAUAUAUUUGUUUUGCCAUUUUCAUUAAUUUAGGACAUAUUCUGUUAGUCAUUUAGCAGACGCUCUUAUCCAGAGGUGAGACAACCACAAUCAUAUUAAAUACAUUUUUCAUUUACAUUACAUUUAAGAUAUUUAGCCCCCCUCAAGGUGGGUUGGUGUGGGAUUAUUUAAGAUACACUUUGAAGAGGUAAGGUUUCAGAUCCUAAGCACAGCUUUAUAUGCUCACCUAAAUGUAUAGUGCAGGGGAACAAUGUAAUUUGACCUUUAUUUAACGACAGAUUUGUACCUUGUCAACUCAGGGAUUUGAUCUAGCAACCUUUCGGUAACUGGCCCAAAACUCUAACCACUAGGCUACCCUGCCAUCCACAGAGGGCCGUGUGGGUGCAGGCUUUUGUUCUAGCCAAGCAGUCUCGGUUGUAGACAAUGACUCUUAGUUGAUUAGUUGAAUCAGGUGAGUUUCUGCUUGAUGAUAUAGGCUUUCACUCCCGUUGUAGUGGACUCAAACACAACGUAACGAACAAACCGCAAAAUAUAUUGUUUAUUUUAUUGUUGCCGUUUUUUGUUGUUUUUUGAAACUUUGUCAUUUUCAGUUUGUCAUUUGAAAUGUCAUGAUAACUGUGUUUAACAUGUUACAAAUGCUGUUUCUAAUCAAGAAGACGCUUUCUGGAUUUACGCUUCUAUUUCCUACGAUCAGACGGGCAACUUUGAUGGGGUUGGGAGCCACAAACUCUGAAGUCAUUAUGAGGGGCCAUAGUGGCUGGCGGGUCUGUAUACCCACAUUUAUAUACCAAAAACUACUAAUAAUGCUUAGCUCAUUUACAUAGUCGUUCAAAUAAGGUAGAAAUAUCUUGCUUGGUUUAUAUAUUCUACACAUUUUGCCAUUGUAUGUAAAGAAAAUGUUGCCGUUUUAAAUCAAGUAUUUUGCAAUUCUACAAAUUUCGACCAUUGGGACAGAGAGCAGAUUUGGCAAUUUUCUAACAGAUUUCCUUUAAUUCUACUCAUUUUUGUCUGGGUUGGAGAGAAAUGUGAGGCUGACCAACAAAAUCAAAUGCCCCUCCCCCCCUGACCGGUGAUUCCUCCAUGAUUACUACCUUUUGUCUAUAGCUGGCCGCACGACUAAUUUACUAAAUCAAAUUUGUUUUGGCUGACAUUCCAACAGUGAUAAAUAAAGAGAAAACAAGAGAAAAACUGCUGAUGUACAACCACAUUUCAAAAUGGCACCUUGUUCACCCUCCAGCGAGGGCCUUCAUAAGGGGCCCCUGGCGGGCUGCCAGUUGCCCAUCCCUGUCAUAGCUAGUAUUAUGGAUGAGAAUAGAUACGUGUAUCAACUUCAACUGAUGCUUUAACAGCAAAACAUUGGCCCUAUUAAAUCCAAAUGGGUUCAUGAAUAACACAAAGUUACUGUGAACAAAAACAAUAGAACAGUCCCACUGUAAAACUAACAGCGUAAACAAAUGAGAUAAAAUACUAAUAAUAUCACACAAAUUAAACAUUAUGGUUACUUCAUAUCUGAUUUGACUGAACAGGGCCGUCCGUCCUUCAACAGGGGAACAAAUGCACUAGACUUUAAGUGCACUAGACUUCAAGUGCACUAGACUUCAAGUGCACUAGACUUCAAAUGCACUAGACUUCAAAUGCACUAGACUUCAAGUGCACUAGACUUCAAGUGCACUAGACUUCAAGACCACUACUAUAACGUAUACACAUUGUCACUUACAUGAACUGUGCUGCAACGAUGAUUAUGGUGAAUAAAAAAAUAUGUAUAAAUUCUCUACGACUAAAGGGAAUCAAACCAAUCUAUUGU